AUGGCCGUAGCCGCCGGCUCUCAGCGGCCUAGGCGGCCGCUCUGUGCACCUGGAGGCUCGGCUCUAUUAGCUGCGCGGGAGUGGCCCCGCCUCCCCGCGCAGACGCAGUGCCGACAUGGCGGGCGGGGGUCGGGGCGACCACUGGGCUCCGAGGGGAUGCUGGGGCUGCUGGAGGCCUCCGUGGUGCUCCGGGAAGGGUCCCUGGUGGCGCUGAGCAAGCCCCCUGGCCUGCCCAUCCUGGGGUGCCCCGGGGAGCUGAGCCUGGCAGCACUGCUGCCGGCACUGAGGCGGCGCCUGGGCCUCCCUGUUGAGCUCCACGUGGUGAAGGCUCCAGCCAGGCAGUGCUCUGGCCUUGUCCUCCUCUCCAGCAGCCGCCGUGCUACCGAGCAGCUCCAGCAGUUCUUCGCUGAUGCCCGCCGGAGAGGCCAGUACCCUGCCACAUACCACGCUGUCACCAUAGGGGUCCCGUCAGAGGCGGAGGGCGAGAUCCGCACUGGGCUGUGCUGGCAGCAGCAGGGUGACACUGCCAUGGUGGUGCCGGUGCCGGCCCCAGGGCGCCGCAGCCUGGCCAGGAAGGAGGUGAAGAGCACCCUGACACGCUACCGGGUGCUGGGCGCCGCAGGGGGCUGCGCCCUCCUCCAGCUCCAGCCCAGGACAGCCUUCCCAGAGCAGCUCCCGGUCCACCUGACGCUGCUGCUGUGCCCGGCCCUGGGUGACCAUGAGUACUCGUCCCGCGUGGGCAGGGUGCUGGGGGUGCCCUUCCUCCUGCCCCCUGCGGCUACCCCAACCCGCACACAGGUGCUGGACGAGGAUCUGCUGCGCCGGCUGGGGCUCUCCUCGCAGCAGCUCCGCAACCUCCCACUCCACCUCCACCUGCAGCAGCUGGUGCUGCCCCAGGGCCCGCUCUGCGCCCCCCUGCCCCCCCACUUCCUACGCACCCUGCAGCGCCUGGGGCUCCUAGAACCUGUGGCAGAACUCCCCCCCCGAUCCACUCCCCCUCUGCCCCCCCAUUAAACCCCCAACUGCUGCCA